AUGACUGAAACUAAACGGAUAUGCCCUCUUAGAUUGCUCCUGCUGCUCACCCCUUACCUGAUAACUGCAUUCACAAGCAAUGGGAGACAUGCCAUGUAUCUGACUCCAUUAACAGGAAAGAGAGGGGAGGAGGGUGGUAUACAGAGCAUAGGAGUGUAUGGAAAGCAUGAGGAGCCAUUUGAAGUCUUUGCUUAUUUUUUGUGUAAUGGCCAUAGACCAAAGAUCUCCCUGGAAAAGAGUUCUUCAAAGGCCAAGGGAUUAGCGAUUUUAGAAAACUACGUCCAUCAAAAAACAGGGAUGGUGCAUUUUCAAGCUGAUGCAGUUCAUAACCAGACGGCCACUAUGUUGGAGAUCGGCACCAACCUGCUCACCCAGACUGCAGAGCAAACCAGGAAACUCAAUGUGGUUGAAGCCAAGGUUAUGAACCAGACAUCAAGAAUUGCAAUUCAGUUAUUAGAGAAUUCAUUAUCAACAAACAAACUGGAGAAGGAACUCUUAACACAGAUUUCAGAAAUCUCCAAACUUCAAGACAAGAACAGUCGUUUGGAGAGUAAAGUCUUAGUCCUGGAGUCGAAGCAGAGGACGGAGCUGGAUGACAUGAGGGAGGAGAAAGAGCGACUGCAGGACCUGGUGAAGAGACAGACAGCUGCCAUUACAGCUCUGGAGAGACAGCUUAGAGUGGCCAGCACCAACAACUCAGCCCUGCAGAGCCAACAUCAGCAGCUCAUGAAGUCCGUACACACACUUAUUGGCAUGAUGUCUUCUGGAACAGGCUUCUCAUCAAAUGAGCAGCACUUCAGAGACUGUGCCGAGGCAUAUAAAUCCGGUCACAACACCAGCGGAGUCUACCACAUAUACAUCGGAGACAUGACCGAGCCAACCAAGGUCUUUUGUGAUAUGGUGACAAGCGGAGGUGGCUGGACGGUGUUCCAGCGCAGGGCCAAUGGAAGUGUGAACUUCCAGAAAAGCUGGAAAGACUAUAAACUGGGAUUUGGUGAUCCUAGUGGAGAGCACUGGCUGGGUAAUGAGGCUGCUCACCUGAUCACCAGUCAAGCCCAGUACUCCCUCCGAGUGGAACUUAAGGACUGGGAGGAGAACGGAGCCUAUGCUCUGUAUGACAAAUUCCAGCUGGCUGGGGAAAAACAGCAGUACAGACUCUUGCUAGGGAGCUAUAGCGGGACAGCAGGACAGCAAAGUAGUUUAGCAUCAAACGGCACAGGCUUCAGCACUCGCGACUCUGACAACGACAAGUGCGUUUGCAAGUGCGCCCUCAUGAUGACCGGAGGCUGGUGGUUUGAUGCUUGCGGUCUGUCUAACCUCAAUGGAAUCUACUACACCGUGGGUCACAACAUCCGCAAACUCAAUGGCAUUAAGUGGCAUCACUUCCGAGGACCCAGCUAUUCGCUCCAGUCCACUUCCAUGAUGAUCCGUCCAGCUGAUUUCUGACAUGAAUAAAUUAGUAUUGCCGCAAGCUUGUCACAUUGACAAUGACAGGACUUAAAGCGCUUGCUUUGGGACAUAGGAGCAGCAAGGUGGAGACAGAUAAUGGAUGGACGGUGAUGUUUUUACUGCAAAUCCGAGAGCUGAAGUGGAGAAAAGUGAUCAGACUGAAAAUUCAUUACUAUGCCACAAUUUUCUUUUUUACACAUGCAAACACGUUUCUCCUUCA